AGAGAUGGGCGUGACAAGGGAGCGUCUAUGCAAGACACUGAAGACAGAAAACAUUCUUCUCCUGAAUUAAGAUCCGCGCUGUUUACCGUGUAACCGAUGAGACCGGACUGUGGCAAUGCAAACCACAAGACGUGAUGAGCGUGCCAGCCAGUUUAGCACAACGUGUGAUGAAUUAACAACACGACGCCCUAUUUUAAGGCCACACGGGGAUUGACAAGCGAAGGAUAUUUAAGGCAGGGGUCUAUAACAUCAUCAGUCUACUCUACUCACACUUUCAUGCACACUCUGGACUCUCUCACCCCAUUGCAGACACAGCAGAGAUGGUUGUGGGGGAAAAGGAGAGUUGAAAUGAGGAGGCAAAAGAUGAUACGGUAUAAACAGAGAUAAUAGCAGACCAGAGGAAGGACAUGGUUGUCUGAGAAGGAGGCAAAAAGAUAUUAAAGUUUUGAACUGUUCUGUUGGAGAUGGUUUUAGAGGGAAGCUCUGAAGCUCUUUGCCCUCCCCCAUCCCUUGAGCUACGGCCAUCUUGCAACAAAAACCAGCCAUCACCUCCUUUGGGUUCAGGAUCCCAGUCCCAUGAUGCUCUCUGUCCUGAGGACAAGGAGCCCGUCAAGUAUGGAGAGCUGAUUGUAUUGGGGCAUAAUGGUUCGCUAGCUAGUGGGGACAAGGGCCGCAGGAGGAGUCGGCUGGCCCUUUACAAACGACCCAAAGCCAAUGGCGUCAAACCUGAUGUUAUCCACAAUGUGUCAACACCUCUGGUAUCAAAGGCCCUAAGCAACAAAAGCCAGCACAGCAUCUCGUACACACUGUCCCGAAGUCAUUCUGUUAUUGUGGAAUAUACACAUGAUCCCAACACAGACAUGUUUCAGAUUGGCCGUUCUACAGAGAGCAUGAUAGACUUUGUGGUGACAGACACAUCUAGCAGUGGCGGUGGAGGGCAGGGUGGCGUAAAUGGAGAGGGAGGACAGUCGGCCCAAAGCACGAUCUCCCGCUACGCUUGCCGCAUCAUGUGCGAACGUACAGCUCCGUACACUGCGCGGAUAUAUGCCGCAGGCUUUGAUUCUUCCAAAAACAUCUUUCUUGGGGAGCGUGCUGCUAAAUGGAGGACCUCUGAUGGUUUGAUGGAUGGACUAACAACCAAUGGGGUUCUGGUAAUGCAUCCAGCGGGAGAAUUUGUAUCCGAACCCGCUCCAGGGGUAUGGAGGGAGAUCUCAGUAUGUGGGAAUGUUUUUGCUCUUCGAGAGACUAGGUCUGCCCAGCAGAGAGGAAAGCUGGUAGAGAACGAAUCAAACAUGCUUCAAGAUGGGUCACUUAUCGACCUUUGUGGGGCAACUCUACUUUGGCGGACCCCGAGCGGUCUUCGUCACACUCCAAAUCUAAAACAGCUUGAGUCUCUUCGCCAAGAACUAAAUGCCGCCCGUCCCCAGUGCCCUGUGGGCUUCAACACGCUUGCCUUCCCAAGCUUGGCCCAACGCGCCACUAUAGACAAGAAACAGCCAUGGGUCUAUAUGAACUGCGGCCACGUGCAUGGCUACCACAAUUGGGGUUUUCGAAAAGACAAAGCAGGAUCUUCUGCCUUGGCGCUAAGUGGGGGUGGUGGAACGGCUCCAGCUACUUCUGGAGAACGAGAGUGUCCCAUGUGCAGAGGAGUGGGCCCCUACGUACCCCUCUGGCUUGGGUGCGAAGGGGGUCUAUACCUGGAUGCAGGCCCCCCAACACAUGCGUUCUGCCCUUGUGGUCAUGUGUGCUCAGAAAAGACAGUGCAAGGUUGGAGUCAAAUUCCACUGCCACACGGAACGCAUGCUUUCCAUGCAGCUUGUCCUUUCUGUGGAACGUGGCUGACGGGAGAACAAGGCCACAUCAAACUCAUCUUCCAAGGGCCGGUCGACUGAGGGGAAUAGGUGAAAGAUGGAGAAUGAACAUAAAGAGAAUGAACAUAAAGUCAGAGCUUGUGACCAAGGAGGGGGAAAAGGAAACAUAGUUUGUAAUGUGAUGCAGCGUAUGUAAAUAUAAAAAAUGAAAUAAAAGCUGAAAACAUGAAUUGUGAUUGGUUUGUGUAAGCAUAGCUUUACACCAGAGAGGGAGAUGUAAAUGGACAUUGUGCAUAUGCAACAUCUUUCAUGCAAGAGCACAAUGCACCUAAUCAAGUAAAUUCAAAGUCACUUUUAAAGGAAGGUCAUGUUACUUUUUUGCAACACCUUGGGCAGUUUUUUGAUCGUACAUGACUGUAUCCUUACUAUUUGAAUGGGGGAAGAUUGAUAACUCUAAAAUAGUUUGCUAAGGUCACAAUAAAAAACAAGAAUUUCACCUGACAUUGACUAUACCAACACUGUGUUUCUGAAAGUCCUGUGAACUGGAAGUCGUGAUAAUUUUUACUUCCAUGUUGUGACGUAUUUUCGAGUGAAACAGAUUAGGCUUGUUUGAGAUUAGCACAUUUUGUGCAGAAUUGAUCUCCGCGAGAUGCACGUUGAUAUCAGAAAACAAUGUAAUAUUGUAUCAUGAAUUCUUUGGCACAUUUAAACUAGUUUCCAGCUGUUUUAUUUUUUUAGAUUUUUGUUAUUAUUCUCUAUGGUGAUUCUUAUUAUUUUGUUUUCUGUAAUACAGGGAUUUCUAUUUUGAUUUGAUUUUAAAUUAAAUUUUACCAUGAUAUUUUGCCUUUUGGUUAUAAGAAUUUUGUGUAUCUAGAUAAGUGUUUAAUUAAAAAAAAAAGAUCACAAGGCAAAACUGCAAUUCUCUUAAAAUAGAAUAUAUUUAACCUCAAGCAAAAUAUGAUUUUUGUUAAAUUUCCUUUUGAUUUGAGGAUGUAAUAUAACCCAGGCUUCUUGAUAUUUUUAUGUAAAAUUUUCUGCUAGAGCUAAAAUGAUGCAAUUAUUAAAAAAAGAGCGUCUUUUGAACCACUUAUCAUCUGGUUCUAAAUAAACAAUGGUUUAAAUUUUG